AUGUCAGAUGCCAGCGUCAAUGCAAGAGUGCCUGUGCGACUGGGACAGACUUUCUUGGAAAGUGCCUGCGGAGGGUCUUCCACAAGUCGCUCAGAGGGUUUUGUGGCUUCUGCAUCUAAUCCUAAACCACUUUAUGCUUACCAUACUCUGAAAUACUUGCUACGGCCUGAUCAUGUCGAUUAUUCUAAACCUGGCGUGCUUGCAAAAGAGGCAGAUAACCAGAACUGGACGGUUACAUUGCCUGGUCUGCAGCCAAGUGAGCCAAACCAGCAAUUCACUUCUCCACUUGUAUCCUCUAAAGAGGUCGAGUGUAUCUUAAUAUACGAUCCUGAAACAAAGAGUUAUGUUCUCGAGCAUAUCAAUUCGAAUUUCAAUUUAAAUCCACAGCGUAGAUCUGCUCAAUCGUCUUUGGCCGCACAUGGCGUUACUACUGCAGCAGUAACAAACAUCAACGAUGCUGAAAAAAGUCCUCCUCAAACGAUAUCCCGCACUGCUGACUCAAAUUCAAGUCAGCCAACCAUUAAUACACACCCGCAUUCCAUCUCUAAUAUUAAUUCUCAUACUGGCACAAAAAAGAAUACUGGCCCGCGAAUUAAACUUCAAACUAUUCCAAGAUCUGCAGUGCAGCCAUUGAGUGCAGAGCCCAGACCGGCUUUUGGAGCUAGUAUUAAAAAAGUCGUGUCUAACAAGUCCAAUCCAGAAAUUGAUAAGCAUAGUAUUGACUCUUCAAAACCCAAACCUGCUGAACCUCAACCAUACAUAUCAUCAAUCAAGGUUCCUCCGCCAGCCAUUCCAGAACCUGUUGUUGAUUCAAAAACACUCGAUCCGGUUUUGUCUGACUCACUCGAGGACGAAUAUGGCAUAGAUAUGUAUAUGGACGAGGCUUUGCAAAGCCCCAUGGCUGAUUUUAUCAUGGAUGAUCAAUUAGCUAGUCAUGAAGAUCCUCAUAUAGCUUCCAAUGCCGAUACUGUCAAGUCUACCGACUGGGAAGAAGUGGGAAGUCAUCCUAUCAAGGAGUUAUAUAGCAAUGAUUGCAAUUCUCAGCCAGAUAUUUUUGAAGUAAAUACGCCGAAUUUGACUCGUCCAUCUGGACCUAUUUCACUGUCUGCUGCAAUCGACGGAAAUAAUCAAAGCUCGAGUGAUGAGGGCUCUUCAGCAGAAGAUUGA